ACAUGUCCAAUUCACACCCUUCAUGUGGUUUUUUCACUCCAAACCAAACACUAUUCAUUGCUCUUUUUCUCUUCAUCUCUCUCACUUCGCUCUCUCUGCUACUCAGAGCAAAAUCAACCUUGCUCUUCUCCUUUUCUUCUCGUCUCUGCUCUUCUUCUAGGGUUCAUCAUGGUUAGGAAGAGGAGAACUGAUGGACCUAGUGGGGGUGAAGGUUCUGAGGGCCAACACUCUCAUUCUACUGAGAGGAGUGCUCCGCCUCCUCAACAGGCUGCUGCUGCACCGGGAGGAGGAGGACCGGGACCCCAAGGGGGUAGAGGUUAUGGUGGUCCACCACAAGGUGGACGUGGCGGCGGCUAUGGUGGUGGUGGUGGGCCGGGUUAUGGUGGUGGGGGGCGCGGUGGCCAUGGGGUGCCACAACAGCAGUAUGGCGGCCCUCCUGAGUAUCAAGGUAGGGGGAGGGGAGGCCCUUCUCAGCAAGGAGGGCGCGGUGGAUAUAGUGGUGGCGGCGGAGGAUAUGGUGGUGGCGGAGGCCGGGGAGGUGGUGGUAUGGGCAGUGGCCGUGGCGUAAGUCCCUCACAUGGUGGCCCACCAUCUAGGCCACCAGCUCCCGAGCUGCACCAAGCAACCCCAGUUCCAUAUCAAGCUGGGGUGACUCCUCAGCCUCCACCAUAUGAGGCGAGUUCAUCAUCAUCUCAGCCUGACGUGUCUGAAGUUGAGAAGCAGAUGUCCCAGAUGGUAGUGGAAACUGAAACUGUGCCUACUCCUCCUCCUGCAAGUAAAUCAUCUAUGAGAUUUCCCCUCCGCCCUGGAAAGGGUAGCUAUGGCACCAAGUGUAUUGUUAAGGCCAAUCAUUUCUUUGCGGAGCUGCCUAAUAAAGAUCUGCAUCAGUAUGAUGUAACUAUUACUCCAGAAGUUACUUCUAGAGGUGUGAACCGUGCUGUCAUGGAGCAGCUGGUGAGGCUGUACCGAGAGUCUCACCUUGGAAAGAGACUUCCUGCCUAUGAUGGCCGGAAAAGUCUUUAUACUGCAGGUGCACUGCCAUUCAUUUCAAAGGAGUUCAGAAUCACCCUAGUUGAUGAUGAUGAGGGAGCUGGAGCAGCACCAAGGAGGGAUAGGGAGUUCAAAGUUGUGAUAAAAUUGGCUGCACGAGCGGAUCUUCACCACCUGGGCCUGUUUUUACAGGGGAGGCAAACAGAUGCUCCUCAGGAAGCUCUACAGGUUCUAGACAUUGUUCUGCGUGAACUCCCCACUACCAGGUAUUGUCCAGUGGGGAGGUCAUUCUAUUCACCUGAUCUUGGUAGAAGGCAGCCCUUAGGUGAGGGAUUGGAAAGUUGGCGUGGUUUCUAUCAGAGCAUUCGUCCCACACAAAUGGGACUGUCCCUGAACAUUGACAUGUCAUCAACGGCAUUUAUUGAGCCUUUGCCAGUCAUAGAAUUUGUGAAUCAAUUGCUGAGCAGGGAUGUCUCCUCCCGUCCAUUGUCUGAUGCUGACCGCGUCAAGAUAAAAAAAGCACUCCGUGGUAUCAAAGUUGAAGUAACACAUCGUGGUAACAUGAGACGGAAGUAUCGUAUCUCUGGUCUGACCUCACAGGCUACUAGAGAGCUGACGUUCCCUGUGGACGAGAGGGGUACAAUGAAGUCUGUUGUUGAAUAUUUCAUGGAGACCUAUGGUUUUGUUAUUCGACACACUCAGUGGCCUUGUUUGCAAGUGGGCAAUACACAGAGACCAAACUAUUUACCAAUGGAGGUUUGCAAGAUAGUAGAAGGCCAACGGUACUCAAAACGCCUCAAUGAGAGACAAAUUACUGCUUUGCUUAAAGUCACAUGCCAGCGUCCUGUUGAGAGGGAGCGCGAUAUCAUGCAGACUGUUCAUCACAAUGCCUAUCAUGAGGAUCCUUAUGCUAAGGAGUUUGGAAUCAAAAUCAGUGAGAAGCUUGCUCAAGUUGAAGCUCGCAUUCUUCCUCCACCUUGGCUCAAAUACCAUGAUACUGGUAGAGAAAAGGAUUGUCUUCCUCAAGUUGGGCAAUGGAAUAUGAUGAACAAGAAAAUGGUCAAUGGAGGGACAGUCAACAACUGGUUCUGCAUAAACUUCUCAAGGAAUGUGCAGGAUAGUGUUGCCCGUGGCUUUUGCUAUGAACUUGCCCAAAUGUGUUAUAUAUCUGGCAUGGCAUUCAAUCCUGAGCCAGUGGUCCCCCCACUAAGUGCUAGGCCUGAUCAAGUGGAGAAAGUUCUUAAAACGCGCUAUCACGAUGCUAAAAAUAAGUUGCAAGGGAGAGAACUGGAUCUGCUAAUUGUUAUUCUGCCGGAUAACAAUGGCUCUCUGUAUGGGGACUUGAAAAGGAUUUGUGAGACUGACCUUGGGCUUGUCUCCCAGUGCUGCUUAACAAAACAUGUUUUCAAAAUGAGUAAGCAGUACUUAGCUAAUGUAGCUUUGAAGAUUAAUGUAAAGGUUGGGGGCAGGAACACGGUUCUUGUUGAUGCUCUUUCACGGCGCAUUCCUUUAGUCAGUGACAGGCCUACAAUUAUUUUUGGGGCAGAUGUCACUCAUCCACAUCCUGGGGAGGAUUCUAGUCCAUCAAUAGCAGCUGUUGUGGCUUCUCAAGAUUAUCCUGAAAUCACCAAGUAUGCUGGUUUGGUUUGUGCCCAAGCACAUCGGCAGGAGCUCAUUCAAGAUCUUUUCAAACAAUGGCAAGAUCCAGUCAGAGGAACAUUAACUGGUGGAAUGAUCAAGGAACUUCUUAUAUCUUUCCGGAGGGCUACAGGACAAAAGCCGCAGCGCAUCAUAUUUUACAGGGAUGGUGUAAGUGAAGGGCAGUUUUAUCAAGUUUUAUUGUUUGAGCUUGAUGCUAUCCGAAAGGCUUGUGCAUCUCUGGAGCCCAACUACCAGCCUCCUGUAACUUUUGUUGUGGUUCAGAAGCGGCACCACACGAGGCUGUUUGCCAGUAACCAUCAUGACAAGAGUUCUGUUGACCGGAGUGGCAAUAUUUUGCCUGGCACUGUGGUGGACUCCAAGAUCUGCCAUCCAACGGAGUUCGAUUUUUAUCUUUGUUCCCAUGCUGGAAUCCAGGGCACAAGCCGUCCUGCGCAUUACCACGUCCUGUGGGACGAGAACAACUUCACUGCUGAUGGUUUACAAAGCCUUACCAACAACCUGUGCUACACCUAUGCAAGGUGCACACGAUCUGUAUCUAUUGUGCCUCCAGCAUACUAUGCCCAUCUCGCAGCCUUCCGAGCAAGGUUCUAUAUGGAGCCUGAAACUUCUGACAGUGGCUCCAUGACCAGUGCUGCUGCUGGUCGCGGAAUGGGUGGACGAACUACUCGGGCACCUGGUGCCAACGCUGCAGUGAGGCCAUUACCUGCACUUAAGGAGAACGUCAAGAGGGUGAUGUUCUACUGUUAGGAUAGCAUAUGGUUGUUUGAAGUACUGAUGUCAUUGGUGUUUGACUUUUGUUAAAAACUUCGUGUGAUUAUGUUCGUGGAUGAACUUGUUACUUGCUUUUGUUGGCUUGCCUUCUCAUGUUAGUGGUUGAACAAUUUUUUUUGAGACAAUAUUUGGUUGAACUUGUUACUUCUUUAUGUUAUCCGUCUAUAAUGUUAAUUAUGCUGUGUUUUGCAA